GGGCUGCGAACCAGACCGGCGUUGCAGAGGCAGACCUCGUCCGCUCCUGAAGAAGGGACAGCUUCUACCCCGGGAGAUCAGUGGUCAUAGCAUGGUUGGCUGUGCAGCGUUUGGAUGCUCCAAUCGGUCCGAGAAGGGUUACCGAAUGUAUGGCUUCCCCAAGGCCCAAGAUCGCAUGAAGAGAUGGAUGGCAAUGGUCAGCCGUCAAAACCUGCAAAUGACAUGGGCCAGCAACAGUCGAAAACUAUGUCAUGUACACUUUGAAGAUGACCAAUUCACUGCCACAAAAACAGGAGGCAAGUUGAAGUUGAGGCCAGAUGCUUUGCCAACAGUAUUCAUUCAUCGGCCUAAGCCGAAGAGGAGGAAACCAAUCCAAAUGGACCACACAUAUAACGCCAAAUUAAACUUCGAAUUGAAUAGAGCAAUGUGGAUGUCCCUUGGGCUGACCUAUGACAAGCCAUGGAUCCAGCAUCCUGAUGAGCCAAACCAGCGCCUCCAUUUCAUGCCUGACGUUCUUCACCUCGUCUCGUUUACCCCUGGAGAUAGCUUCACAGCUGGCAAAGUCGAGCUAACAAACGAGAAGGCAAUCGAUCGUCUACCAAGAUAAAAAUAUAUAUAAUUACGCUAAAACUGCAAGAUGGCAACCAAUGACAUCGUGCUUCCCGAUGAGACCCAAGAAAAAUGCAGCCGCUAUAGCUUGCUGAGAUGGCUCAACAACACGCUAAAAGUUAAAUUCAAUCAUGUGUCACAGACAUGCUCAGGUGCCACUCACUGCCAGUUCAUGCACUGGCUGUUCCCAGGCUCGCUCGACAUGAGCCAAGUGAAGUUCCAGGCACAGAACGAGGGGGAAUUCAGGCACAACUACAAUCUGCUUCAGGAAGCAUUUGAUAGGAGCGGCAUUACCAAGGGAAUUCCCGUUGGAGAACUGGUCACCGGCUCAUUCAAAGCAAACUUCGUCUUCUUGAAGUGGUUCAAGACGUUUUUCACAGAAAACAUCAAAGAUAUGGACUAUGACCCAGUCCAAGCACGGGCUGGUGAAGGAAUCUGUCCCGCGCUUAUAAUGAUGAACUCCCCAAAAAGAGGGAGUUCGAGACUGGAACCUGAUGUUGAAGAAACGAAGGGCGCCCAAAAUUUCCCCUACACCGAGAAGUGGAAGGAGAUGUACAGUUGGGCAGAGCCCAGCACUUGUGGAGAGCUCUACGCUUACUGCAGUGUGUGUGGUACAGACUUGUUGACAUAUCGCAAAGGCAUCCAGGAUCUAACCCGACACUUUGUCACAAUCAAACACAAGACAAGGGCCAAAAAAGCCCAACUGGAACUUCAAGCCCCAAAAACAGGGCCAUUGCCCUGUAGCGAGGUUGUCGUGCAGUUCAUAAACAAAUACUGUUCGUCAAGCUCCUCUGGUGGAGACCAGCCGUCUAGAGGCUUUGCACGCUAUAUGCUGGGAUUAGAGUUUCCCACUGACGUUUUGUCGAUUUGCAAGCAAACACCGUACUGCUUGUACGUGUACGGAGGGGUUACAUUGGAGGAGGCGGCCACCGUGUCUGUGGUUCUCGUUGGCUUCUUUGACAUAGAAUCUGCUACUCACCAUAUCAGGCUUCUGGACGUUCUGCCCUCACCCGCAGAAGAAGCAGGGGCAGAACCAAAGAAAACAGGAGGAGCUGUGGUGGAGGCCGUGAAGAGAUUCAGCCUUCCCUUGAUUAAUCUGUCUGCGGUUUACGUCGGUGGCACUGGUGCCUCCGCGGAGCACGUCUGCUCACAGCUCAGGGAGUUCAGUCCAAACCUAGUUGCCUUCGGAGAUCUGGAUAAGUUGGCGGAUGCUGCCUGCCAUGCCGCAGUCACAGCCCUCUCUGCCUCGGUUCUGAAGAUCAUUUCAGAGCUCCAUGCAUAUUUCACGUCCACCUCCAUGGAGAUUGAUUGUUUAAAGGAUCUGUUCGCUUCUGAGAACAAUGACGGCAAAUCAUUUCAUCCUAGCAGAGACUGCCUUAACUUUAGUCAGUUAGUCAGGAAGAUGCUGGAAACGUGGCCAGAUCUGGUUUCCUUCUUCGAUUCUUGCAAAAAGGACAAGGACAAAGUCCAGCCCAUCUUUGUCAUGCUGCAGGACGCAAACCUCAAGGCAACCUUUAAGUUCCUGGCUUUGGCCCUGAAGCCUCUUGAGGCUUUCCAAAAACAUCUAGAGAUGCAUGAUGGAGAUACAGGCGCAGACCUGGUGCGCAUCUUGCAAGAAGUCAGCAGCUUGUUGCACACCUAUGCCGCCCACUUCCUCAAUCCGCAGGCUGCAGAGCGCUUCCUUGAGGAGCACGACGCCCGUGUCCUUACAGACGAGACGCUUCACCGGUCGGGAGCCGACCUCGUGGCUGGGGGUUCAGCCGUGGAGGAGCUGCUGGACGAGCCUCUUACACAGCAGUUCUUGUCAUUCUACAUGACACUCACAGGUCUCAUCGCUAAAGAGGUGCCACUGAGUGACAGGAUCCUGAAGAGCAUGGCGCAGCUCCUGAACCCCGAGACCAAACUCAAAGUAACGGACACGGCGGUGGAAGAACUGGGAAAGAGGCUGGGAGUCUGCAGCACUGAAGGAGAGGUGAACCAGCUCACCAAAGAGCUUCUGGAGUAUCAGCAGAGGGAAGAAGAAGAAGAGGAGGAAGAUGGAGAACACCAAGAUACAUCUGCCAUCUCCCUGGAGAAGCACUGGGCCGGCGUGCUCAAAAACAGGCAUUCUUCCUCCGUCCUCAGGAACCUGGUCUUGAGCCUGCUGUCCUUCCCUUGUCCUCCCCUCGGGGCCGAGAUAGUCUACGCUCAGGCCGUCGCAAGCGGAGAUGCCAUAUUGUUUUCGGAAGACGGAGAGGAUUCAAUCAUGGAGGACAACACUAUUUCUGAGGGCACUAGUAUCUCCCCUGUCCAGAAUGGCAUAAAGAUGGAAGAGGAUUGUAGUGUAUCAGUGAAUUACCUUAAUGGGACAGUUAAGCCAUGCACAGUUCUCCUGAGGAAGCUCAUCCAACCAAAUAUUGGGGGUGACAAAGAUGGACUCGUCUCCAGUCAAGAGGGGCCCACUAGGGGAGGUAAUGGUUGGGAGACCAGCUUGCGGCAGAAACCCCCGUCCCGCGCAGUGUUUCAGGCCGGCCGGGGCACCUGGGCCAAGCCUGUAGGUCUUGAUAAGGACAGCCCGAGGGGACGGGAGUCUGAGGAUGAGUUGGGGAAAGACACUUCACCGGCAUCCAGUAGGAUAACCCCGAGCGGUAGAAAUUUGAGACGGGUCCAGGCCUAUCAGGAUGGGAAGGGCUUCCUGACCGGAGAGCUGGUGUGGGGGAGUCUGAAGGGCUUCUCCAUGUGGCCCGGGUUGGUCGUGCCCUGGAAGGCCAAGUCAGCGCCGCCUGGGAUGAGACGCGUGGAGUGGUUUGGAGACGGGAUGUUCUCGGAGAUCCCUUCUUCAGGCCUUUUGCCGUUUCAUGCCUUUACUCGCUGCUUCUGCAAAAAUUCCUACGCCAGCCUGCCCACGUACAAGGACGCCAUCUACCAGAUCAUUGAGCUGGCCGGGGAACGCUGCAGGAAGUCGUUUGGAGCGGCGAAGGGAGGCAAGGAGGACGAGCUCAAUCUGAUGCUGGACUGGGCCCACGGGGGAUUCCUUCCAAGCGGGCCGGAUGGCUUCAGGCCCCCUGGCUCUACACAGGCAGAUCAGUCAGACAGUGCACAGUCAGACUACAAUCCGCCAGCUAAAAGGAAACAUGUUAGCAAGGCAAAAGCGAUUGCACUUGCAGUCACCUACAACAGAGAAUCAAUGAUACAGGAAAUUGAAGACAAGGGUAAAAAGAUUGAAGAUUUCUGUAUGUCUUGUGGAUCACCUGAGACAGAAAUCUUCCAUCCACUGUUUGUUGGCAGUCUCUGUUUGAAGUGCAAGGACAACUUUAUGGAGACACUUUAUCGCUACGACGAAGAUGGCUACCAGUCGUACUGCACCGUUUGCUGUGGCGGCCUCGAGGUGAUUCUCUGCGGCAAUGCCAGCUGUUGCAGAUGUUUCUGCAAGGAUUGCAUCAACAUCCUGGUGGGCCAGGGGACCUUCGAUCAGCUGAAGGACAUCGACCCUUGGAGCUGCUACGUAUGCAAGCCGUCCGAGUGCGGUGGGAACCUGAUGCUGAGGUCCGACUGGAGGCUGAAGGUCCAGGAGUUCUUCGUCAACAACAGUGCACUGGCAUUCGAACCCCAUCGAGUGUAUCCCUCCAUCUCUGCUGACCAGCGCAGACCCAUCAGAGUGCUGUCACUAUUCGAUGGCAUUGCAACAGGUUACCUCGUGCUCAAAGAGCUGGGCAUCAAAGUGGAGCGCUACGUGGCUUCAGAGAUAUGCGGCGAUUCCAUCGCCGUGGGAAUGAUCAAACACCAGGGAAAGAUCGAAUACGUCAACGACGUGCGCACAAUCACAAGGAAAACUCUGGCCGAAUGGGGUCCGUUUGACCUGCUGAUCGGAGGCAGUCCCUGUAACGAUCUGUCCAUGGUGAACCCUCUUCGAAAGGGAUUGUUUGAGGGCACUGGCAGACUGUUUUUUGAGUUCUACCGCAUGCUGACCAUGAUGAGGCCUAAAGAAGAUGACGACCGCCCGUUCUUCUGGUUGUUUGAGAAUGUGGUGUUCAUGGGUGCCAACGACAAGUCAGAUAUCUGCAGAUUCCUUGAGUGUAACCCCAUUCUUAUUGACGCAGUGAAAGUCAGUCCUGCGCACAGAGCUCGCUAUUUCUGGGGAAACGUCCCUGGCAUGCACAGGCCUCUUGCAACAUCUCUAGAUGACAAAGUUGGCCUCCAGGAUUGUUUGGAAGUGGGACGCAAAGCAAAGUUUGAGAAAGUCCGCACCAUCACAACAAAAUCCAACUCCAUAAGGCAGGGAAAGGAUGGCCCUCUUCCGGUGGACAUGAACGGGAAGGAGGACUACCUCUGGUGUACCGAGAUGGAGCAAAUCUUUGGCUUCCCUAAACACUACACUGACGUGAACAACAUGGGCCGGUGCCAGAGGCAGAGGGUCCUGGGUCGAUCCUGGAGCGUCCCGGUCAUCCGCCACCUCUUCGCCCCCCUCAAGGACUAUUUUGAAUGUGAAUCAGGACAGUAAACUGCAGGCACGAUGUGGUAGAACUACUGUUCUGUCACCUAUGUUUUUAAACAUCCAUACAGAGAUUCUCUUUUUUAAUACUUUCACAAUGAAAUGCUUACUUUUUAUUCAAUGAUUUAUUUUAUUGUCGAACUUAGGAGACCCUUUUAACAGGAAUCAGAUUUGUCAGUGAUUGAUCAUGGAUGAUGCUUUUACAUUCAAGCAAUGGUGCUGUGCUGAAUCCAAACUGUAACACAAUGUUCUACCUCGAUACGUAUUUUUGACCACAACCUUUAGUUUCUUUUAACCUGUAUUUAAUUGAUGUAUGAAGGGGAUGAACUGGUAUUUUACUUAGGAUUAGGAGUUAUGUCUGUGUUAAUCUCAUGAUAGCAUAAUAAAGGGCUGUUAGAUUUAAACUGUGCUACUAACAUGACAUAGCAGUUAGGUAUCUUAAAUAAUUAACUCUUCAUCAGCUUUUUCUAUGAUUGAAUCCUCCGACUGUGUGUUCACACCAAAAGCUAACCACAUUUUCUACCCACAUACGCAUUUGAGUUUGAUCGUGCCACAGGCGCAGAACCCCUCAGGAGGGGAUCUCUGAUGAACCCCAAUGUUUCUCUCCGCCAAUUCAUUCUUACCCAUGGUCGAGAUAUCCACCAUUGCAAGUCUUUGCCUGUAGUGCAAGUACCGGCGUCUAUGGUUUCAUAAUAUCAGAGGCGGAAACCGUUUUUGGCCGUGAUAUUAUAGAGCUCUGGGAGUCCGCAAACGGCAACAAUUACAUCCCUCCUUCCAUUUUUCUGUUCAACCUGGACUUCAGGGAGUGAACGCUGAUAGGCUGUCAUGAAAAGGCAUCAAGCAGAAUUUGUGGGAAAGUUGUGGAAAUUCGAAAAUACAUAAAAAGGGACUUUUUGGUAUGAACGCACAUUAACUCAAUGUUAACUUUGUUUACUCCACUUGUCAUUUUGUAAUGAACAAUUUCACAAAGUUCUCUUUAAACGUCCGACCUAAUCAUGUUAUUAAUAAUUAUGGUGCUGAGGAUAUAGAUGUGUUCCAGUAGCAAAUAUGGCACUGAGUCAUUUUAGCAUUUUGUAAAAAAAAAAAAAAAGUUUUGGUUGUUUGCCUUUUUACUUUUUUUUAUAAUACUAAGAUGCACACUGAUGUUCUUUAGUAAGUUUUAUUGUUCUUUUGUUCAACUUUUUGUUUACAAUUUUGACUGAAGAUUUCUAUGAAAGGUAAUAUUGUCAAUUUGAAUUACCCAUGGUGCUAUACAAUAUGCCUUCCAUAC